CCAACACAAAAGUUUCGAGCUCACACACAUCUGCGCCACCAUGCCACCAAAAGCCAGGGGACGGGGUGGCCGUGGAAGGGGCACAUCCCGAGGAGGUUCAGCCGUUGCAGCAUCCUCCGCAGCAGCAGGAGAUGCGACUGCGACCGCCCCACCAGAAGUGAAGACUGAAGCACUCGACGGAACCAGCAAUGCGGCCGCCGCGGCGAACGAAGCUCAGGAAGGCUCCUCCGCCGGCCAAUCUGGAGUUUCCGCGACCAUUGAAGGAGGUUCAGGACCCACCGACUCCCGCCUCGAUUCGCUCCGAACGUCGACGCCUUCGUCGCGAUCCGCCUCGCCCGCGCGGCGGGGUAGCACCCGCGGGAAGAAACCCAGUUUCAACCCGACCUUCACCGGCCGCCGCAGCAAGACGGAGCGAGAAGCGCUGGAGAAGGUGGGCAAGGAUCGCGACAAGGCACGCCUUAAGGAGGUGGAGGACGAGAAGAAGAUCAAAGAGCGGGAGAAGAGGCACGACGAGCAGAACCGGAGGAAGUUCAAUGCGAACAGGCCGGGACGAGGAGGGUUCAGUGGAGUUCCCAGUGGGCCGUUUUCACUUGGGAGUGUUGCGCAGGACAGGAGAAAAUCGGCUCGCGACUUCGCAUCCGGCUCACGAGCAACACGCGUCAAGCGAGAAGAUGGUGAGGGUGGGCGCUCAGGUGGAUCGGGCGGCGGAGGAGGCGGCGGCGGUGGUGGUGGUGGUGAACAUGGCGACGAUGGGUCCUCGGACGAUGACGAGGAUGCCAACAUUCCCAGGAGGGAUAUCGAUCAGAUGCUUAUCGAGAUAUCCUCGGACGAGGAGGGUCAAGGUUCAUCCGAGCGCAAGUCACGAUCACAGCUCGGCCACACCAUCUCCGGACUCCCCGUCCGUAUCUCGCGAAAGGAUCACAACGAGCCGGAUAGUAAGAAGGACGAGGAGGGGCUCGGCCUCGAAGCUGCUGCUGAAGCGCGACGGCAGUCUCACGCAUCGGGGACGGCGGGGGUGAAGUUGGAGCCAGGAGAGGCCGCUCAUCGCAAGGGCAAGGCAAAGAGCAAGGACGUAGAGAUCACGGAGGUUCGCAAACCGUACAAGGGCAUGUGGCAGGACAAUGACGAGUCUUCGCCGCAAAUCAAGUCAGAACCCAUAAGCGACGACGAGGACAUGCCAGAUGCUGUACCAGCGGGCCUCUCAGAUCCAUCAGACAAGGCGGCUGGCAAGCAGCCUGUGGACAAGGUGGACGCGAAGAAGCGACCCAAGAUCAAGAGGAAAGCUUUGAAGAAACCCAUCAUCCAGACCAAGGAGGACGCUCAAGAAUGGCACCGUUACCUCCUGGAUCGCGAAGGUUUAUUGGCAGAACUUGGCCCAGAGAAGAAUACGGCUACAGAAGUCGAUGCGAACGGGGAUGUCGCGAUGCAAGAUGGAGACAAACCCGCCGAGCCAAAGCUGAGCGUUCGAGACAACAAUCCGUAUAUCUUCCAAUUCCCACCAACCACCCCAGACGUAUUGCCCUUUGGCUUCAAACCAGAGCCGAUCGUUGUGGAGCCAGAGCCCGCAACGACCAAGACCACCGCGGCGGCCAGAAAGGCAUCAUCAUCGACGAUCAAGGCGGAUCCGGCCAAGGAGGAAGAGAAGUCAAUGUUCGAGCAUUCCGGCGUGGUGGGCACGAUCCGACUGCACGCGUCUGGCCUCGCAUCGUCAACCUGGGGCGGCACGACAUUCGAGCUGAAUCCCGGGCGAAUCACCCAUUUCUUCGAGGAACUAUCUUCCAUCACCAUCGUGCCGGAGGAGGAGCGCGUGGUUCCCGAAGACGGAGGCGAAGGCGCAUCCUUGGGACGUAUCAAGGGCAAAUUCACCAUGGUGCCAGACUAUUUGGCAGGACUAUAAGAAAAAGGGCUUCCGUUUCCCCUCUUCAUCAACAAUACUCCCCUCAUUGCCCCCAGCAACGGGGGUGGAUCUUUGUUUUGGGGCGGUGGGGUCGGUCACAGACAGUCAGUGCAUUUCGGUUCGGAUAGACGAAAAGACAGCAGCAUGCAUGGAUGGGCGUUUUCAUUCUCCUUUUGGAUAGCAUUCAGUAUUAUCUAGUCAGUUAUGCCGUGCAUUUCCAGGCGUGUGUGUGCGUGCAGAUGGAGGAAGAAAAGAAACGAAGGAGACAAGGAGAAAAGUAUUAAAGUUUUGAGAUAGACGCAUGGGAGGGGCGUGGGUGGAUGCUCAUAAUCUCACCAUAACCAGUCACCCAAUCAAUCAAUGUAUCACAAACGAAUGGAGAGGAUACACAGGCAUUGAAAGAAAGACGGUCCAUAAUUGCCAUCCUGAUCACCAAUUUACCCUUUCAACCAAGUAACGACAAGGAACAAAGUCACC